AUGCACCCUCCCAUCUUCCUGUGGGCUGCGGGCCUAGCUCUUGCGGGAUCGAACACAGCAUGUUUGCCGGACGCCGUUGACGAGCUGGACCGGAAGCAGCUGGUAAAUUUGGUGGCGGGCGAGUCCUACUCUAUCGGACUCUGGCGCAAUGGCGACUAUCCCGCGGCCCGCCUCGCCGCCAGAGUGGUGCAGAUCAUCAUACAGGAGAGGAUUGGCUACAAAGUGGACUUGAAAGGUCCAGGGGCAUUGACGAUUGACGGUUUCUUUGCUUUGAUGGGUUGCUCCCAGCCCUUGAACGGCACAGACCGCGGCUGCGGACCGAGUGUGACCCGUGUCCACAUCAAUGUGGAGGUGUGGACGGAAGGGUAUGCUGAAGCUUGGGCUCAGGUCCAAGCUGACUACCCCAACAAGGCACCGAAGAAUCUUGGGAACAUGGGAUACUCGGGAGCGUCCGCAGCGUACGUGCCCCUGGCAGUGCAGGAGAAGGCUUACGAUGUUGAGAGCAUCAAUCUGGACUUCUACCGAGACUACAACGGGUCCCGGCAAAAUCCAGGGGCAUACUUUGCCCACCCCCUGGAUUUGGAUCUCUCGAAACUGCUGCCGUGCGCAGACACUGCAUUGAUGUCAAACGAACUCAUGAGCGGCUAUCUCAACCUCACAGGAGAUUCAGCCGGGGUUGUGGUUGACAACGUGGGGCUGGUCACUGGCAAAUGCUUUGAUGGCUUUUUUUGGUAUGGCCCCGCCUGCAGGGACAAUCCUUCUACUUGCUUGACAUGGUUCACUGGUGGCACUGGGUGGGGGAUGGGUGAAAUUCUGCUGAAGGCAGCGGUCUACAAUAUUCCCCUGGCAACAGCGGUUGCCAGCAGUUGGGGGAACUAUGUCAACCUGCCGGCGGAGUCCAACGUCAUGCUCUACUGGUGGGUUCCUGAUUCAACAUUCCUCAGGUUGCAACCAAGAAGGAUCACUUUUCCAGAACACGACCUAGAUGCAUGGGCACAAGGGGACAGACGGUCUGCUGCGAAAGACCUUUCCGUGGAUAAACAUGUCAGUCGCGAUUUGAGCGAUUUGGCUCCAGAGGUGGAGGAGUUCAUGAACAGAUUCCACGUCAGCCUCAAAGCUGUAAAUGAGAUGAUGCUAAACCAAAUGGAUACCAACGACGAUGACUUUGAUGUGGCGUGCCGCUGGAUUCUGUCAAAUGAAGACCGUUGGACUGCGUGGAUUCCAGAGAAAGGAAAAUGUUUCUCCCAAUUUGGAAUGUACAGCGAGAAUGACAAGAACUUCCUGCAGAGCCGUCAGGCUAUCUCAAUCACAUGCAGGGCUUGUCCUUCAGGUUCUUAUUCUGCUCAGCUGGAGGAUUCCCAAGGAAUCACGCACGUUUGCCAAGAGUGUCCAAGUGGAUCGUUCCAAGUGUCUGGGGCAUCGGUGUCAUGCGAUCUUUGCCCAGCCGGCAGCUACCAAAACGAGACCGGGAGUCUUGGGUGCAAUCGCUGUCCAGCUGGCCAAUACCAAAAUGAAGAGGGCCAACAUGGCUGCAAGCAAUGCCCUGCUGGUGCCACCACGCUAUUGCUGGGAUCAAACUCCAUUUCGGACUGUGGCUGCAAGGCUGGGUCCAUCAACAUCGCCAGCGGUGAGGCUUUGGAGUGCAUUCCAUGCGGUGAUGGACUGGACUGCCCCUUUUCGUCGAGCAUUCAGACUCUGCAGACAGGACUGCCUUCAUCGGGGGAGCAACUCGUUACCAGGAUCCAAAGCGGCUACUUCGCAACCAUAAGCGACCCCUUGAAGGUUUUCCGAUGCAGACCAAGCACCUGGUGCAUUGGAGGGACACCAGGAACUUGUGCUGGUGGUUUGCAAGGUGAGCCUUGUGCAUUUUGUCCCGAUGGCAAAAGCUGGACCGGAAACGAAUGCACAGAUUGUGGCGCCGCCGCGCUUGGAUGGGCGGUUGCGGUGGUGGCGGGGCUCGCAGGUUCUGGAGGUGCUUAUUUCUUCGUGAACGCUCCAGUCACAGCACAGGCCAGACCAUUCAAAACUGGGCAGAUGGCUGUUGGCCUGGCUGUGAAUGCCCUCCAAAGUCUUGCACUCCUUGGGUUGAUGUCUGCAAAAUGGCCUGCGACUUUUGAACAGACUUCGUCAAGCUUGCAGAUUUUCGUGCUAGAUAUGGACAGCUUGAGUUUGAGUUGCUUCGUUGGUGGCACUUCAUCAAUCAGCUACGUGGCAACUGCAUUUGUUUGCCCCGUUUUGCUAUCUUGGGUCGGACUUUGCUAUGCGCUGUCCCAGCUAAGCUGCUUCCGCAAAUGUAAAUCACAGCCCUGGAAAUGGCCUUUCGCUUUGAACACCAUGGGACUUGGACUCCAACUCGGGUUUGGCACCAUAGCUGCUGUCUCUUUGAAACCUAUGAUGUGCUACAAGCAUCCCAACGGACGCUACAGUGUUCUCAGCUAUCCCACCAUUUUCUGCGGAGAAGACGGGCAUGGUUUGCUGCUGGCAUUUGGGAUUGGCUUGCUGACUCUUUUCGUCCUCGGAUUCCUGGUGGUCUGCAGCUAUGCUGUAUGGAAUCUGCCGAGGUGGAGUGUUGAGGGCAAGCAUGGGAAGGUCCAAAGUUUCCGCUUUUGCACUUCCAACUUUCGCCUUGACAGCUAUGGAUUCAUCAUUCCCCUUCUUUGCCGCGGCUUGGGCUUUGCAGUGUCCAUCGUCGUGGGGACCAACUUGCCACCAGUACAGACAGGUUUGGUAAGUAUUGUCCUGGUCGCCUAUACUGUUGUGCAGGCAUCGCUACGACCUUGGAAGGCUCCCGCGAUCAAUCUAGCAGACACUGUUUUGAGCGCGAGCCUCCUGAUAUUGGCAAGCAGGUCCCUUCAAGAGGAUGGAGAUAUGGAAGCCAAACUUGGUGAGCACUUCACGGUGAUCAUUUUGAUGUUGUUGCUCGCUUGCUUGGCUUCAUUGGCAGUUCUUUGCAUCGUCGGGGUGAUUGUGCAGCUUGUUGGAGGAAAUUGGAACCGCAUCCUGGCGCUUGGUAGCGGGAGCCAGGAUCCUGCGAAGAUUUCAGAGGCCCUGAAGCAAUGUGCCCAUGCGCUUCUGGAAAUUGAAAAUGCCUAUCUCCGGGAGAAGAUUGCGAGCAUAAACUCUUACGAUGUGAUAGCCAUCCUGAAUUUCAUCAACGUCAUUGGGGCCGACUUCCAGGAUGAGAAUCGGACAGCUUUGGCUCCCGCAUUAAAUUUUUCCCAGGGCUCCGGCAUCGUGGGAAGUCGUGUGCGGAUGGUAACCAUUAACGCCCGUUUGUCUACAUCUGCUGGUGCUGUGGAUCCAUCUUCCAGCAUUGCAGCGCAAGAACCACAACCGCAACCAGAACCGCCGACUCCUGGCAAUGAUGAUCUGCCAGCGCUUUCGGAAGCGCAGGAACCCCCGAAACACAACAAUCAAGGGAUUGCGUCGAAUGAUCCGACGGCUGAGUCGCCUGACGUUGCUCAAGGUGACCCAGGUGAUGCCAAGUCCAAGAUUGUGAGCACAGUCUUCUAA